GAAUCAAAAGUGUAUCCGAAGCCGGUCAAAAAGCUGUGCGCAUGCGCAAUCAAAGUGACUUGGCACAGGUAAAUAAUAAUAAGAAAGAUUAAAAUACAGGGACACAGAAUCAGAAAUCUGGAAUAGAGACACCAGUUAUCUUCAACAUGUCACAUAUCUUUACCUCUUCACUUCUUACUUGUAUGUUUGCAAUGCUUGCUGCACAGAAAAUGUCAGACUCAGUGGCUCGCAGCUACAGUCUGUGCCAUGAUGACCUGGUGCAGAUUGGUCAAUCAGGAGAGCAGGGCACCAUCUACUUCACAAGCGCAGGGAGACCAAUCAGCUACUGUGUGCUCCGGUUCCAGGCUUGUAGCAGAUGUCGGCUUCUCAUCACCGCAGUGAUUAGUAGACCAUUUAGUUUUGAUUGUCGCACAACAACUGAUAUGAACGAUAAUCUGCAGUGCAAUCUGGGGUGUGACUACCUGCACAUGUUUGAUAAGGACUACAAGUCCAACAAGACAGCCUUCAUAGUCGACAUGCACAACUCAAUCAGGUUUGAGUCUGAGUCAAGUGAGAUGUUCAUUGGAAUCUGUGCAACAGCAUCCAGCUACUCAUUCACUCUCAACUACACUAGCAAAGAGAAGCUGGUAACCAGGAUGGGCACUGUGCAAGGUAUUGGUUCCCUCCAGUCACCAUUUUUUCCCUCACCUUACGCAACCAACUAUGAAGUAUACCGCUACUCCAUCACCGGACCUGUUGGCUCAUACAUCACCCUUAUGUUCAAGGACUGGAACCUGGCAGAGUCUAGCUCGUUUUAUUUUCCAAACAGCAACUUCAAGAUGCUGCAAGUUACAGGCACCGCAAAUCGACCCUAUGUGCAGUCAGACUUCAAUAAGCUUGACUUUCUGUUUCAAACCGGAGUAGCUGGAAUAUCUGGCGAAAACAGGAAUUAUAUUGGCUUCUCUUUGCAAUACAACAUAACCACAGAUUGGGCCAACAGUUUUCCAGUGACAGCCUGUGACUCCAAUGGCUACUACCUAAACUCUGUUGGAGGCGUGUUUGAGUUCAGGCUACAGUCCACCAAGGUCACGCUGUUCGACUGCCUCUGGGUACUCAAACGACAGCCUGGAUACGACUUCCUGAAUGUGAAGAUUGAGAAAUUCAAAACACACAAUCAACAGAUGGUCAGAACAGAGAACACCCUGGAGAUACUAGAUGGAAUUACAUCCGACUCUUCUCGUGCGACGACUUUUGAUCUAUUGGACAAUGUGGACAACGCUGCAGGGAUAAGUUUGAAGCAUGGUGCAUACAUUCGUUACACAGGGCACUUUGAGGCUAAUAAUAUCCUCACUGUAGUCUACAAUUCCUACACUGUUGCCAAAUCUUGUAUAUCCAGCCAGUUUCGCUGUGACAGUGGUAACUGCAUCCAUCGUUCUCUGGUCUGUGAUAAGGUGAACCAUUGUGGGGACAGAAGUGAUGAAGGGGAGAGGGGAUGCUCAGGAGACAUAGUGGAUCCCCAGAAGAGCUACCAGUACACGAUCACUAUCGGUGUGAUUAUCCCGAUGGUAAUCUCCGUGUUCCUUGUUAUGAUCAUCUGCCUGCUCUUUGUGAUGAUUCGCAAGUGUCGCCAGGCGCAACAGCUCCAGGAGCAGGGAUCCAUGAACACAGUCCAUAGGACAAACGAAGAAGUUGGAAACAAUCGACCAGCAGGAAGAUUUCAGAUAUUUACUAGUGGCCGUCGUCGUCGACACCGCAGACGACACUAUUUUGGCGGUGACCUUGAUCAGCCACCCCCGUAUGACGAGGCAAUGAAGAAUCCACCAGGCUAUCAUCAGAACGUGACCUUUGGAGAUCAAAUUGACCCUUCACGGCCUCAGCCCCCUCCCUACACGGCAACUGCUGAUGAUGCCACAGAGGUCAUAGUGGGUAACCAACCACAUCUACACAGUCAGCCGCACACACAAACUUCUCCUCACCCUUAUCCCCACCCCCAAGGGAGCUCCAGCUCCACAUUUAGCAGCGAGUCAGAGUUCAGUAGGUCAGAGUUCAAUCUGGGUUCAGGGUGCCAGUCCUCGGAUUCAUCAUCAUCCAGUGAUGGGGAGACCCCGUCGGGAGGGUAUGACCCAGAUGGAGACGGGCGCAGGGAGAGAGUGCAGAGGAACAGGUCCAGCUCAGGCUCUGAGAUCUCCAGCGGUCUCAGGCAACAGAGGGUUCACGGUCAUAGUGAAGGUUAUAAUCAUGGACAUAGUUACAGCAGUUGCUCUGAUAAGUCAGACAAGACUGCUCGCUCAACAGUGCCUAGGGGUGUUCGCGAACUUGAGCAGCACAGUAGAAAACCAAGUGAUAAGAGAAGGACAGAGACAAAGCCUGGCGCUGUUGUGUCUGAAAAUAGUGUUCAGGCUCAGGAUUGUGAAAAAUAUAAUUCAUAUUCAGCAAAAGAAUCUUUGAAAGGAACAUCACAGACAAAUGAAAGACAGCCAUCAGGAAGGUCAUCUGGCACAAGUCCUACAAAAAGUGACCAUUCCCGACCAAUGCCAGCCCCUGCAAAGAGGAAGGGAAAACAUGCCGUCUGGCAAAAAGACCGAACAAGUGUUGACAGUGGCUCUGAAAAUAAAAAUGGGUUUCAAUCACAACCACAGAUGUCGAGGACUAGAUCUGAGGAAGUGUUGACUAGGGGUCUGUCAGCAGUGCCAUCUAUUUUUCAUAGUCAGCAAGAUGUUCGUGUUGGAGAGCGCAUGUCUGUUGUAGACAUACCCGUAGACGAAGGUGAUGUGCUGGUUGUGUAUGACAAGAGAGCAGCUAGAGGGAACAUGAGGCCUGGGCACAACCCUGGCAAUGCAGGGAAUACCACAACAAGCAGUUACACGGGUAAUAGCAGAGGUAGGGGUAGACCAGUGGAUCAGUCCACUACAGGCAGUGGUACACCAGUGGAUCAGUCCAGUACAGGCAGGGGUAGACCAGUUGAUCAAUCCACUACAGGUAGUGGUAAACAUUUUGGUGAAUCCACUACAGGCAUGGGUAGACCAGUGGGUCAGUCCAGUACAGGCAGGGGCAGACCAGUGAAUAAAUCCACUACAGACAGGGGAAGACCAAGUGAUCAGUUCGCAACAGGAAGUGGUAGACCAGUGGAACAGUCCACCAUAGGCAGGGAUAGACCAGGGAAUCAGUCCACUACUGGCAGUGGUCGACCAGUAGAUCAGUCCAUUACAGGCUUGGAAAUACCAGUGGAUCAGGCCUUAACAGGAAGGGGUAGAACAAAGGAUCAGUCCAUUACAGGGUCUAUGGGAAGACUUGAUGUGGUUGAAGGCAGGCAUCAUUUGCUUGGUAACACACGGACAGUUGCACAGGAUAAAAGUCAUCAUUCAACUACCACAAGUGCUGGUCCCGAGGGAGGGAGGUCAGCCAUGGAUGCUACAGGAUCAGCCCCUUUGGACAGGGAGGGGGACAGGGGUAGUGUACCAUCGAGGCAGUCUGGUUCCAAGGUUGAUUUGGCCUGGGUCGGUGAAGAAAACGAUACCUUUGUUUAGUAUGAAAGAGUAGGAGAACAAAUUGAGUUGCUUGUAUGGAUGAGAUGUAUUUUAACCCACAGAAAACUUGCAAAAAAGGUUCAGUUAGACCAAUACUUAUUUCCAUAACUGAAACUUUCACUUUUUUAUCAAAAUACAAGUCUUCUUAUGCACAUGUUGAUUUAAGAAAUCUUAAGUAUUAUUCACAUUUGAGUGUUGUACAUGUAUGUUGCACAAUUUUUAGGGCUCUAGUAGUCAAAAGCAAUUUUAUUACUUUUAAUAUGAGCAAUAUUUUCCCACAAGUCUGGGCAAAGAUCUAUAAAUACACAUGUUUAUUGAUGGUGCUUUGAUCUGGGGACAGAAAGAAAAAAAAACUGUUCAAGUGUUUUCUGCCAUAACACAUAUUAAAAAUACACACUGUUGGGUGCCACUUUUGAAACUUUGGUAAACUGCAAUAUUUGUUAAAUAAAAUAUCUGAACAUAUGAUGCAUUUAUAGGGGGUAUCGUGUUUCUGACGAACACAUCUCUUGUUUAAAGUAUUUAGUUGGUAAGAUAUAUUUUAAAACUAUUUUCCAUUAAUAUAGCAUGUUUACACAUUCCGUUGACUAUAUCAUUCCAUUUUGUAUCCUUAUGGUCGGCUUUUUUGCUUGUAACAUUUUAUACGACAGUCUUUAACAAAUCAUUAAUAUUUUACAGUUUUUUAAAUAUUGACUUUCCUAAGUUUGUUUAGUGUUGUUAAGUAUUUUAGUUGUGUAUUGUGUACAUGUUAUUACAGGGGAUACAUGUACAUUUGUUUACAAUUAAACAGACCCGAGAAUUUC